UUUAUGCUAUUGGAUAUAGUGGUUAUGAUAAAACAAAUACAUUUAUUAUGAAUCAAUAUAUUGAAAAGAAUUUGAAGACGUCAAAAUAUCAGCACCUAAUCAAUCAAAUCGACGAUAUUGCCAAAAACAAUGAACUAUUACUAAAAUUCAUCCUGGUGAAACCUAGGUAAAUGAGUAUUGCUUUAGACACGUAUUGGAUGAGAGUUGAUCUUGUCUGUUAGUAAUGGGUAAAUGUGUUUUUGAACGAUGAUGAAUACAGUUUUUGGGUAAAAACAAUGGUAAUGUAUGAUUCUACCUAUAAAAAUAUCUUAUUUAAACAAGGAAGUUAUUUGCUUCUUAAUUCAUUUCAGGUUGAUUGUUUCCGGUUUUCAAUGAUUACAUUUAAGUACAGAUUUCUUUUGAAUUUCAUACUAUUUAUUGCAUAGUAGUGAAUCGAAAUAUACAUCUUGAAUUCGGAUUAUAAACAUAACAUUUAAAAUGGCAAACAACCAAGUUAAAUGUGAAAUGUGUUGUGAGGAAGAGACAGUUGGAUGCUGCAAUAUAUGUGGAUACAUUUGUGAAUCGUGUUGCGAAAUUCACAAGAAAGGAAGGGUAUUCAAAAACCACAUUCUGAAGAUGUACGGAAAGGAUGGAUACAACUCAAGGAGUAUUGUAUAUGAUAUCACAGAGGAGAUGUGUAAACACCAUCCGACUGAAAGGGCGUUAUUAUUUUGUAAAAUUCAUGAAUUAAUGAUCUGUGGUCGAUGUUUUCAUUCGGAUCAUAUAUCAUGUGGUCAUGAGGUUGUUGAUCUGUGUCUUGAGGCAAACCAUAUUGAUUACGACCAAUUUAAUGCUAUGUCUGCAGCUUUAAAUGAUAUACAAGAUGAAAGUGAACGCAUGAAGAAAGAAGUAGAUAGAAAUAAAGAAAGGAGUAAUAGCCAUGCUGUUAAAUGCUGUAAAGAAUUGGAUGAUUUGGAAACAAAACUGAACCGGAAAGUGAACGAUUUGAUUAGUAGUUUCAAAGAGGAAGUGCAAACAUUACACGAUGGAAACAUAGCCGCCAUUUCAUGCAUUUCUUCCACAUAUGAAGAGAACGUGUCUUGGGCUAUUCAAGAAGAAAGUCAACUCAAUGAGUUUGUUAACAACUCGUUAACGGGUCGCCUUUACCUAUUGAGCCGGAAUUUUGACAACAGAAUUUCGAAGGCCAAAAGGCAGAUGAAAGAAGCUGAAUAUAAAAAUACCUUCAAAAACGUUUGUUUAAAGGAAAAUACGGCUGCAUUAAAGUGCUUGAUUGAAGACUUGACUGAUGUUUGCGAACUUCAGGAGGAAGUUGAUGGAAGCGACGAAGGAACCACCUUCUCAAUCGGGAAUGCAACUGUCGAAAAUCGAAAAACGCGUAAGGAGCUUAUCGAAGAAUUGAUUCAAGCGAAACUGGACACAGCUAAAGCAGAAACGGCUAGAAAUGAGUUACAAAAAGAGUUAUUGCAAGCGAAACGGGACAAAGAAAACUCGGAAAAAACACUGAAGGGGUUUGAACAAGAGUUAAAGAAUACUAAACAAAACAUGGAUAAAUCUGAAAAGACAAGGCAGGAACUGUGUGAUGAAUUGAAAGAAGUAAAACAAGACCGUGAUAUUUCAGAAAAGAGAAGAAAAGGAUUCCAACAAGAUCUACAGAAAACGAAACAGGACAUAGAGAAAUCUGAAAUGACAAGGAAAGAAUUGGAACAAAACUUACAGAAAGCGAAACAGGACAUAGAGAAAUCUGAAAAGACCAGGCAGCAACUGUGUGAUGAGCUGAAAGAAGUUGAAAAAGACCUUGAUAAUUCUGAAAAGACUAGGAAAGGAUUCGAACAGGAUUUACGGAAAGCGAAACAGGACAUAGAUAAAUCUGAAAAGACAAGGGAAAAACUUUGUGAUGAGCUGCAACAAGUGAAACAGAAAUUUGAUUAUUCAGAAAAGACGAUGGUGAAACUCUGUGAUGAGCUGCAAGUAGUGAAACAGAAACUUGAUCAUUCAGAAAAUACCAGGCAGGAACUGUGUGUUAAGUUGAAAGAAGUUAAACAAGACAGUGACAAUUCAAAAAAGACAAGAAAUAGAUUUCAACAAGCUCUACAGAGAGCGAAACAGGACAUAGAGAAAUCUGAAAUGAUUAAGAAGGGCUUUGAGCACAGGCUACUGCAAGUGCAACAGGGAUUGGACUAUUCUGAAAAGACAAGGAAAGGAUUCGAACAGGAUUUACGGAAAGCGAAACAGGACAUAGAUAAAUCUGAAAAGACAAGGGAAAGACUUUGUGAUGAGCUGCAACAAGUGAAACAGAAACUUGAUCAUUCAGAAAAGACGAGGGUGAAACUCUGUGAUGAGCUGCAAGAAGUGAAACAGAAACUUGACAAUUCAGAAAAGACAAGAAAAGGAUUCCAACAAGAUCUACAGAAAGCGAAAAAGGACAUACAGAAAUCUGAAAUGGCAAGGAAAGGAUUCGAACAGGAUUUACGGAAAGCGAAACAGGACAUAGAUAAAUCUGAAAAGACAAGGGAGAAGCUCUGUGAUGAGCUGCAACAAGUAAAACAGAAACUUGAUCAUUCUGAAAAGACAAGGGAGCGAUUCGAACAAGAUUUACAAAAAGCGAAACAGGACAUAGAUAAAUCUGAAAAGACAAGGGAGAAGCUCUGUGAUGAGCUGCAACAAGUAAAACAGAAACUUGAUCAUUCUGAAAAGACAAGGGAGCGAUUCGAACAAGAUUUACAAAAAGCGAAACAGGACAUAGAUAAAUCUGAAAAGAUAAGAAAUCAAUUGAGUUACGAUCUAAGCCUAGUGAAACAGGAGCUCAAUUGGUCAGAAAAGACUAGAAUGGAGUUCGAUGAAGAUUUACAGCAAGCGAAACAAAACUUAUACGAAUCUGAACAGGUUAAGAAUGAGAUCGAAAAAGAGUUAAUCCAAGCGAAACAGGGAUGCGAAAAGUCUGAAAAGACAAAAGAUGGGUUGCAGCAAGAGAAACUGCAUGCCAAAACGGGCCUAGACAAAUCUGAAAAGAUAAGGAAUGAGAUCGAAAAAGAGUUACUGCAAGCAAAACAAGGAUGGGAAAAUUCUGAAAAGAUGAAAGAUGGAUUGCAGCAUGAGUUACUGAAAGCCAAAAUAGACCUAGACAAAUCUGAACAGGUAAAGCAUGCGAUCGCCACAGAUUUACUAGAAUGGAAACAAGGAUGUGGACUUGCUAAAAUGGCACGACAAAAUGUCGAGGACGAAUUAGAGCGAACGAAAAAGGAACUAGAUCUGUAUCAAAAGGAAAGGGCGAUCCUCCAAGCACACUUCAAAGAUCACUUGAACUGGACACAACCAACUGGAGGGUUAGAGGUGAAGAUCAGCUUUGAUACCUCCGUUCCUAUCAUCAAAUUGGAUUAUACAUUCCUGGAUGGCUUUCAGACGAGGAACCAUCCGUUCCCUGGAAACCCCUAUAAAGGUGACUCGUUUACUGUCCGUUUGAGAGACGACAGUGAGGGUAGGCUUGCGUGUAGGAUGCUAAAGGCGGCGUUUCGGAAAGGACGGAUGUUCAUCAUUGGGACUGACGGGAUUGUCGUCAUGGAUGGACUCUUCCUGUAUAAUGGUCCAGUGGAGAGCAUUAAUCAUUUUGGGGGAGAUCUUAAUUCGGGCUACGUUGGAUACAUAAAGAGGUUAAAAGGGAAGCUGGCAGACAAAGGCAUUGCGGAUGCUGACAUUGAUGACUCGGAUAACCUGGAAGAGACGUUCACUGUCGAAAGUUUGUCGUUGCUCGAAGCUGCAUUGAGUACAGUGGAGAUUGCAGACGAAUGCAUCGGAGAGGCGAAUUAGAUUCUUAAGGAAUCUUGAAAGCAAACCAUCACCAUCGAUGGCCGAUGAACACUUUGUGCUUGCCUUGUAACGCGUUGAACAGGGACUUGAAUGAUCCACCGUAUAGCAUGUUGUACGGUAGAGCGGAUAAAAAAUCCCCGGCUUUUGUAUUAAAAAUACUACACCCUUCAAUUACAUCAAGAUUAAAUGUACCUAAUAAAACAAGCCAAUUUUCUCCCAGUUUCCCCCCUAUAAAUGGAAUGCAUGGACUAUGUUGACUACUUGUGUUGAGGACUUGAGCUAGAUUUUGUUAAUGUGGUAUGCGGUUUGUGUCGACCGAACACGGUCUUUGAAAGAUCGAUAUGGAUAACUGAACGUUUCAUUCACGAGAACACUAACAUUUGUUUUACUUAACAAAUGCUGUUUUUAAUGUUUCAAUCAAAACGUUUGAUAAUGAUACAAAUAAUAAGGCAAACCGUGUAUUGUAAUUAUGAACGAUAUAUUUCCGACGAUCUUUGAAAAUGUUUUAACAUUAUGACAAGGCAAGACGACAAUGGUAACUUUCUGUUGGUAUUUUUUUGGUAUUCCGAUUACCAUGUGUUGGAUCAUAUUUUAUUUCUACGAAGAACAGAGAAUGGUUACCAUUGUUGAUUAUUAUAUUUGUUGAAGGGUUAUAUCUCGACAAACAAACUCCUUUGAUGAGUGUUAUCCGAAAACAACGUUAAAUAGAAUCGAGAUGUCGGAGUGAUAUGUUAAUGAAAAACAAGAAACAGUCACUUUGCCUAAAAUGUUAAUAUUGUCUCCCCGGGAAGUUUACAAAAUACUAUUUUUGUGCUCCCAUCUUGUCUAUUUGAUUUUAGGGACUCUUAAGGGAGUGUUAUAAAAAAAUGGAAAAUCCCUUUUUGUAAUAAAAUGAAAAUUAACUUUAUUUGUUUAUAAAUAAUUUAAUCAUAAGUAAAGCACUUAGGCAAUACACAAUACUGUAGAUAAAAUUUAAAAUUAAGUUAAGUCCAUUUCCGGAAUAAAUCGAAACUAUUGUAAGUAACGCAUAAACAUAAUCUCUCUUGAAUACGCUUCCUCGUUUUGGUACUAUGUCAUGAACAUUAUGUAAAACACUCAAUUGCUCAAAUAAAAUUGUUCGACUUAUUAACAAUGUCCACUGUAGAACCCCGCUCACAGUGACAUGAUUUACUGAUCUUGGUGUUUGUAAAUAUCUAUCAGAGACGUAAAAAUUCAUCAUGUCCAUAACAUUUUUUAUGAGAAAUUCCAAGUUUAAUACAAUAUAAUUUCAACAAAAGGUAGUAAAAUUCGGUCAAAUUGCAAUAUAUAUUUUUAAUGUUUAUGUUUCGCUUAUGUAUGACUUUCUUACGUUUACGUAAUUGUUUAUGUUUCCAAAAUGUAUAAAAAAGCUAAAUCAACAUAGGUUUACUGGGGAAAAUCUCACCGUUUAAAAGGAGAAGUCUGAAAAAUUUGUGUUAGUAUAUUCUUAUUUAUAAUUGUUACAGAAAAAUCAUCAAUAUAAGUGUUUUUAGAGGAAAUGUUCAGUUAUAACAUAUAAGUAACAAGUAUGUUUUUAAGAAGCCCAUAUUACUCAUAAACUCGUAUUAUCACUGUAUCAUUAAUUAAUCACUUGUUGUAGAUAUUAUAUAUUGAUGUGAAACCGGAAACAAUAUGUGUUUAAAUUCACAGGCCAUUGUGGAAAUAAGCAUACGCAUUUUAUUAGAGCUUAAUCGGUUAAUCAGGGCCAAUGUUAUUAAGACCUUUUAUAGUUUAAUGAUUAUCAUAAAUAUCAGAUGUAAUAUAUUUUCAAACAGUUUUAUUUAACUUUAAUUUGACAAGCUGUACGUGAUAUAUCAUAUAUAGUAUGAAGAUGGUAACUGUUAUAUUUAAUUAUUGAAUAUGGAACAUGAUCUGAAUGUAUUGAUGAUAUAUUACAUUUUACGAAUACUAAAAACAUCCUAUUCUAACAAAAAUCUUUUGUUUGUUCCCAUAUCAAGUUGAGAGUGGUAUCCACUACUGUAGCAAAUACACGAUUUUAAUAAAAUAAAAUGUGUACAGUUAAACAAAUACAUUGAAAUGUGCAUUGUAGCCAGAUGUAUAAUAAAUAAACUAAUUAUGUAAUUA